AUGUCAGGCCCUUUAACACCUCCCAGCGAUGGGAGUCCCUACUUCCCCAUUACGGAGCGCUCCGCGAGCCUUGCGAGAAUACAUAUCGGUGUUACCUCGCCUCUGAUUGCCAUUGCGUUGAUCAUGUUCGUGGCGAGGAUAUGGUUGAGGGUGAGGCCGGCUUGGAGGAUUAGUUGGGAGGAUUAUAGCAUGACGAUCGGGGUGGCUGCUGCUUGUGUAGACUUUGGCUUUUUGAUACCUCAAAUGAUCACACAACCUACGCUCAUAACCGAAGAGCAACGAAUAUGGACACGAAAAUACUCCUUCCUCGCGAUCCCGGUAUGGGGCAUCGCCAUGAUGUUCAUCAAAGUCAGCAUUGCAAUGAUGAUGCUCAGGAUCCAGCCAAACAUGCUUUGGUGGCGCGUAUUCUGCUAUGUUAUAAUGUCUGUCCUGGUAGCUUACGGCGUCGCAAACACUUUCUUCAUCCUCUUGCAAUGCCGACCUUUGGAAGCAUCGUGGGAUGCUUCUGUGUUGCAAAUGGUCGAUGGAGCCAGCUGUCUCCCAAUUACUGGCAUUCUCAUCAUGUCAAAUCUCGGAUCUGGCAUCAAUAUCUCGACCGAUAUUUUACUUUCUUUGGCACCAACAUUGUUUCUAUGGAAGCUAAAGCGGCCGUUGAAGGAAAAGAUACUGGUCGGUGCGUUGAUGGGUCUGGGAAUGUUUGCAAGUAUUGCCUCGAUCGUCAAAGCCACCCUGGUAAAAGAAUUCGGCGGAUCGACAAAAGACCCAUGGGCCCUCACAAACGCAAUCUCAACGUGGACAGCCCUCGAGCAGAUUCUUAUCAUGAUUGCAUCUUCAGCACCCUUCUUGAAACCUCUCGUUCAAUCUGCUUUACAUCGCAUGGGAUGGACAUUAUCGGGCACUUCAGCUGCUCGCUCAGGCUACGGUAAUCACUAUCGCGAUAUGAACGGACAGAGUGUGCGUCAGUCAAGGAUCGUGACCAACAAGUCUAUGACUUCUCGGAGAGAUAUCUACGGUGGAGACGAAGAUCCGUUUGCAGUGGGAGAAAGCGCCGACGCAAUCCCAUUAGAAUUAAAGGCCUUCGAAGGGGGGAAGGGAACAGAGAGGGAUGUUGCGACAGUGAGAGGGGCGCAGGGCUCCAUGACAACCAGGUCCUGGGAGUCAAGGGACGAGAGGGGGAGCAUGGACAGGGAAUAUACACCGAGCCAUGCCGUGUAG